UCAAGAAAACAUGGCGUCAGCUCUCAAUUGGAUUCCAGAUUCUCUCUAUAAUACAACAAUAAAUGUUGUAGUUACUCAUUACACUAGAACUCGUAGAGAACUCAAAACUUUCCCUGAAAAUGUGCAGUUUGAUGUCUACUAUAAAUUGUACAAGCAGGGACCCCUCUGUCUGCUCGGCAUGGAGUUUUGCGAGCUAGAUGUGUUCUCUAAAGUUCUCAAAGUCAGUGACAAACGGCACCUGCUCCACCAUUGCUUCCAAGCCCUGAUGGAUCAGGGUAUAAGGAUAGCUGACAUUCUUGCAGACUCAUACAGCCAGAACUGCUGUGUUGUACAUGCGUCCGUUCAAACUGUAAAGGAUCGUACAAUACAGCUUGGAUUUGCAUUAGAAGCAUUUCUCAGCGAGGCAGGAUGGUACUGCGCAAGUGAAAGAGUCAUGAGUGCCUGCUUCCAGCUCUGCAAACUCGAAAAUAAUACCACCAACUGGACAAAGUGCCUCGAGUGUUGCAUCAGGUUGCUGCACUCACGGAAUCUUUACUGUAAGUUCACGGAGUCGGACACUUCAUAUCACGAGUCCCAGUAUUAUGCGGAGAAGUUGAUCAGUGCCGGACAUCCGAUUAACACAUCUAGUCUCUACUGUGAACUCUGCUCGCUCUUCUUCGUUAGAAGCCAAUAUGACGAGGCGUAUAAAUGGAGCACGCUAGCCCUGAAGGGUCUGACCUCAGCUCUACCAUCUAAGGUCAUAGUUGACGUUCUCAGACAGGCGUCGAAGGCAUGCGUCGUGAAACGGGAGUUUCGACGCGCAGAGAUGCUAAUAACGGAGGCUGUGCACGUUGCAAGAGAUGCGUUUGGCUGCCAGCAUCCAAAGUACGCUGACACUCUAUUGGACUACAGCUUCUAUCUUCUCAACGUUGACCAAAUCAGUCAGUCGGUUCAAGUGUACCAAACGGCCCUAGAUGUAAGACAGUCUGUGUUUGGAGGGAAGAACAUCCAUGUCGCGAUAGCUCAUGAGGACCUUGCUUAUGCCCUCUAUGUUCAUGAAUAUAGCUCAGGUCGCUUCUCUGAUGCUAGGGAGCAUGCCGAGAAAGCCAUUCAGAUUAUGAGUCAGAUUCUUCCAGAAGAUCAUUUGCUGAUGGCUUCCUCAAAACGUGUAAAAGCCCUCAUUCUAGAGGAGAUUGCCAUCGACAGUCACCUGAAGGAGAAGGAGGAGCGACUGCUACAGGAGGCGCUAGAUCUCCACCUGGUGGCACUGUCGCUUGCUAAGAAGGCAUUUGGCGAGGAGAAUGUGCAGACGGCCAAACACUAUGGCAAUCUCGGUAGACUGUACCAGUCUAUGCACCAGUACAAGGAGGCACAAGGCAUGCACCUGAAAGCCAUCGAGAUCAAGGAGAAACUGCUUGGAACCGAAGAUUACGAGGUGGCGCUCUCCGUUGGCCACUUGGCUUCGCUCUACAAUUAUGACAUGCUAUUGCACAGCGAUGCAGAACAGCUCUACCUGCGUUCGAUAUCCAUAGGUAAGAAGUUGUUUGGCGAGGCAUACAGUGGGCUGGAGUAUGAUUAUCGGGGACUGCUGCGGCUGUACAGCACGACAGGCAGGUUUGAGAAGGCGGAGGAGUACAGCUAUGUGCUGCACCAGUGGAACCAGCUGCGCGACCGCAGCACCGAGAACGAGGUGCGACUCGACGAUAUGAAGCGUGUGUGUCCCACUGUAGAAGCCGUCGUACACACAUUCUUCAGCAUGAGCUCGUGAUGGCGCCACCGUCGAGUCUCGUGAUGGCGCCACCGUAGAAGCCGUCGUACACACAUUCUUCAGCAUGAGCUCGUGAUGGUGCCACCGUCGAGGCCCAUGGUGGCGCCACCGUAGAAGCCGUCGUACACACAUUCUUCAGCAUGAGCUCGUGAUGGCGCCACCGUAGAAGCCGUCGUACACACAUUCUUCAGCAUGAGCUCGUGAUGGCGCCACCGUCGAGGCUCGUGAUGGCGCCACCGUAGAAGCCGUCAGACACACAUUCUUCAGCAUGAGCUCGUGAUGGCGCCACCGUAGAAGCCGUCGUACACACAUUCUUCAGCAUGAGCUCGUGAUGGCGCCACCGUAGAAGCCGUCGUACACACAUUCUUCAGCAUGAGCUCGUGAUGGCGCCACCGUAGAAGC